AUGGAAGAUUUAUGGACUCUGUUUUGUGGGGAUUUCACUUGUUCAUAUAGUGAAGGAAAGCUAUGCCAUUCUAUUUUUUGGCAUUUCACCCAUCCCUCUUCUUGCAUUAAUCAAGGGACCAUAACUUGUUUCAAUAUUGUGCUAUUAAUCAUGCUCUUAUUCAACAUGAUUCAGAAACCAUUGCCGAAACCGGUUGCAGUUCCUGCUCGGUUUCGAAAUUAUUCUGCUUUACAGAUGGCUUCAGCCAUUGUUAGUGGUUGUCUCGGAAUGGUGUACUUGUGCUUAGGCAUUUGGAUUUUGAUAGAGAAGUUGAGGAAAACACAGACUGUUUUGCCUAUGAAUUGGUGGUUGCUAGCUUUGUUUCAGGGCUGCACAUGGUUGUUGGUAGGUUUAAUUGUGAGCCUUAAGGGUAAUCAACUUCCCAAGACACCACUUCGUAUACUUUCGAUUCACACCUUCAUAUUUGCGUCAAUUAUUUGUAUUUUAUCGAUUUUUGCUGCUAUUUUGAAUGGAAUAGUCACGAUAACAAUAGUUUUAGAUGCUUUAUCAUUACCUGGGGCAAUAUUGUUGCUAUUAUGUGCUUGCAAGGGAUAUGGAUAUGAAGAUGGUGAUCAGAACACCAAUGAAUGUGGCCUUUAUGGCCCUUUAAGUGCUGAUCACAAUGGCAGUACCAAAGCUGCUUGCACUGAGCAAGUUACCCAAUUUGCCACAGCUGGUUGCUUUAGUAAACUAUCCUUUUGGUGGUUGAACCCUUUGAUGAAAAAAGGUAGGGAGAAGACUCUUCAGGAUGAAGAUAUACCUAAGUUAAGUGAGGCAGAGAGAGCAGAAAGCUUCUAUUUGUUGUUCUCAUACCGAUUGAACAAGCAAAUGCAAUCCAAGCCAUCAUCACAGGCAUCUAUUUUGAAGACCAUAAUUUUAUGCCACAGGAGAGAGAUUUUUGUGUCUGGCUUUUUUGCAUUGUUGAAGAUAGUAACUGUUUCCUCUGGUCCACUGCUUCUUAAUGCUUUCAUUUUGGUUGCUGAGGGAAAAGAAAAUUUCAAAUACGAAGGUUAUUUAUUGGCCAUUGCUCUCUUCUUAGCAAAAAGUUUAGAAUCCUUAUCACAAAGACAAUGGUACUUUCGAACCAAACUAAUAGGUCUUAAAGUAAGGUCUUUACUCACUGCAGCUAUACAUAAGAAGCAACUGAGAUUAUCCAAUGCUGCAAGGUUGACGCACUCGAGUGGUGAGAUAACAAAUUAUGUUACAGUUGAUGCCUAUAGGAUUGGAGAAUUUCCUUUCUGGUUCCAUCAGACAUGGACAACAAGCCUUCAGCUAUGCAUUGCUUUAGUGAUUCUCUUCCAAGCUGUUAGACUAGCCAUGAUUGUAGCUCUAGUUGCUAUCAUUCUCACUGUGCUAUGCAAUACUCCACUAGCCAAGUUACAGCACAGGUUACAAAGCAAGCUAAUGGGUGCAGAAGAUGAGAGACUUAAGGCUAGUUCCGAGGCUCUUAUAAACAAGAAGGAGCUGAAGCUGUAUGCGUGGGAGAACCAUUUUAAGAAAGUUAUUGAGAAUUUAAGGGCAGAGGAAUAUAAAUGGCUAUCAGCAGUGCAGUUGCGAAAAGCAUACAAUAGCUUUCUCUUUUGGUCUUCCCCUGUUUUGGUCUCUGCUGCUACCUUUGCUGCUUGUUAUUACCUGAAAAUUCCUCUGCAUGCUAGUAAUGUCUUCACUUUUGUGGCCACAUUACGUCUUGUUCAGGAUUCUGUAAGAUCCAUACCUGAUGUUAUCGGAAUAGUCAUUCAAGCAAAGGUUGCAUUUGAGCGUGUUGUGAAGUUCCUCGAGGCACCAGAGCUGCAGAAUGCAAAUGUCAGGCUAAGAUGCCAUAUGGAGAAUAACGACCUAUCCAUUUCUAUUAAAUCAGGAGAGUUUUCCUGGGAAGAGAAUUCUUCAAAACCCAAUCUAAGAAACAUAACAUUAGAGAUUAGGAUGGGAGAGAAAGUGGCCAUAUGUGGAGAAGUUGGCUCUGGUAAAUCAACCCUUUUAGCCACAAUUCUUGGAGAAGUCCCUAACGUCCAAGUAUCCAUUCAAGUAUUUGGAAAGAUUGCUUAUGUUUCUCAAACAGCCUGGAUUCAAACAGGAACAAUACAAGAUAACAUAUUAUUUGGAUCUGCCAUGGAUAGGCAAUGAUAUGAAGAAACACUUGAGAGGCGCUCAUUGGUGAAGGAUCUACAGUCGUUUCAUGGUGAUCUAGCUGAAAUAGGCAAACGAGGAGUGAAUCUUAGUGGUGGUCAGAAACAGCGAAUUCAACUUGCUCGAGCUCUCUAUCAGGAUGCUGAUAUAUACCUCUUAGAUGAUCCAUUCAGUGCUGUGGAUUAUCAACUUUAUUUAAUAUUAUUGCAGGAAUAUGUUAUGGAAGCACUAUCACGGAAGGCAGUAUUACUUGUGACCCAUCAAGUUGAUUUCCUACCUGCUUUUGAUUCUGUUUUGUUAAUGUCAGAUGGGGAGAUCCUGCAAGCAGCUCCUUAUCAUCACUUAUUAGACUCCAGUCGAGAUUUGCAGGACCUUGUUAAUGCACACAAAGAAACUGCUGGGUAUGGAAGAGCUGUUAAAGCAAGAUCUUCCGUGAGUAAUGGAACAUCCACUAGAGAGAUCAAGAAGAGUUAUGUGGAAAAACUGUUUAUACAAUCUAAAGGUGGUCAAUUGAUUAAGCAAGAAGAAAGGGAAAAAGGAGAUACCGGGCUUAAGCCAUAUAUACAAUAUCUCAAUCAAAACAAAGGGUUUUUGUUGUUCUCCGUUUCUAUUUUAACUCACAUUUUGUUUAUGGGCGGUCAGAUAUUGCAAAACUCUUGGAUGGCUGCUAAUGUUGACAGUCCUAAUGUUAGCACAUUGAAACUGAUCGAAGUUUACUUGGUGAUUUGUGUUUUCUCAACACUAUUCUUGCUAUUUAGAUCUCUUUCCAUAGUUACCUUGGGUAUUAGUUCCUCAAAAUCUCUAUUUUCACAGCUGCUAAAUUCCCUUUUUCGUGUACCUAUGUCAUUCUACGACUCCACUCCUUUGGGAAGAAUACUAAGUCGGGUAUCUUCUGAUCUGAGCAUUGUUGAUAUUGAUAUCCCAUUCAGCUUAAUCUUCACCAUUGCGGCUACCGUAAAUACUUGUAGCAAUCUUGCAGUUCUGGCUGUUGUUACUUGGCAAGUCCUAUUUGUUUCAAUACCAAUUAUCUAUGCAGCAAUUCGCUUAGAGAAAUAUUACUUUUCCACGGCGAAAGAUUUAAUGAGGAUAAAUGGCACAACCAAAUCCUUGGUAGCAAAUCAUCUAGCUGAGUCAAUAGGUGGAGCCAUUACAAUAAGGGCUUUUGAUGAGGAAGAACGGUUCUUUGCAAAGUGCCUUGACCUCAUCGACACUAAUGCUAGUUCGUUCUUCCACAGUUUUUCGGUGAACGAAUGGUUGGUCCUGCGGUUAGAGACACUUAGUUAUGCUGUUCUUGCCUCUGCCGCACUCUGCAUGGUUUUGCUUCCUACUGGGACUUUCAGUUCUGGGUUUAUUGGUUUGGCGCUUUCUUAUGGUCUUUCAUUGAAUUUGUCCCUUGUAUCUUCAAUUUACUACCAAUGCACUACUGAAAAUCACAUCAUUUCUGUAGAAAGGAUUAAUCAAUACAUGUAUAUACCAAGUGAAGCCCCUAAAAUUAUAGAGAAGAAUCGUCCUCCUUACAAUUGGCCAGCUAUGGGUAAAGUGGAUAUCUGUGAUUUACAGAUCAGAUAUUGGCUCAAUGCACCAUUAGUUCUUCGAGGAAUCAGUUGAACAAUUCAAGGAGGGCACAAGAUUGGUAUCGUUGGCCGAACUGGUAGUGGGAAGACAACUCUAAUCAGUGCUUUCUUCCGUCUGGUAGAGCCAGCUGCAGGGAAGAUUGUAGUAGAUGGCAUUGACCUCUCUACUAUUGGCCUUCACGAUCUAAGGUCACGGUUUGGAAUAAUACCACAGGAUCCUACCCUUUUUAAUGGAACUGUUAGAUACAAUUUGGAUCCUCUAUCCCAACACACUGACCAAGAGAUAUGGGAGGUUCUUGAUAAGUGUCAACUUCGAGAGGCUGUUCGGGAAAAAGAAGAGGGACUGUACUCCUUACUUGUGGAAGAUGGAUCAAAUUGGAGCAUGGGACAACGACAACUAUUUUGUUUAGGCCGUGCUCUGUUGAGAAGAAGUCGAGUAUUGGUGCUUGAUGAAGCAACAGCAUCGAUUCAUAAUGCAACUGACUUCAUUCUGCAAAGAACUAUUUGUACUGAAUUUGCAGAUUGUACUGUUAUCACAGUGGCACACAGGAUACCAACGAUGGUACUCGCCAUCAGUGAUGGCAAACUGAUGGAGUAUGAUGAGCCGAAGAAGUUAAUGGAAAGAGAAGGUUCACUGUUCGGGCAACUUGUUAAGGAAUACUGGUCUCAGUGUCACUCUGCAGAAUCGCAUUGAAGUUGUUCACCAAGUUUUCAUUCAUUUUAUCCUUGCUUGAUCAAAUAAGGUUGCUGGGUUUGUAAAGCAAAGGACAGGGAGUAAGAAGUUGUUCUAGGUUCAUAGAUGCCGUCGUUGCCGGUUCGUGGAUCCGAGAAGAAACUACAAUAGAUAAGAAACAUGCUAUAUUCAUAGGAUUUUAAAGGGAAGCUGAAAGCAAAUAAGGAAGAGGAGACUGUUCAGAAUUGCAGGGG